GUGAACACUAACGAGCAGGUCAACCUCUCGGUUGUUUCGUGGUGAAUACGAGCUUUCUCGUCGAGACGUAACAUAUCACCAGGCUACUAAAUCUUCAGACGAGUACGAAUCUGUUAUCUAACUAAACAAACCAAGAUAAUUGGUCUGUUACAUCGGCGAAUACCUUGAUACCUUUCAAAAGCAAAAGCGAAAAAAAAAAGACAAAAAGACAACAAAACACAAAACCAACGCCAGGAUUUCACUCAACAUGGGUAACAGGAAGACAAAACUGAAGAAAGAAGAAUUGUCCGAGUUGAUGGAAUGUACGCAUUUUACGCAAGGAGAAAUCGAGGAAUGGUACAAAGGUUUCAUGAAGAGUUGCCCUAAUGGGCUGGUAUCCUCCGCAGAUUUUCAAGACAUGUAUUCAGAUUUUUUUGAAGGGGAUGCGUCCGAGUUUGCCAGUCACGUUUUCCGCACAUUUGACUCCGACAAAAGUGGGUUCAUUGAUUUUAAAGAGUUCAUGUACUCGCUUUCAAUAACAUCAAGAGGAAAUCUUGAAGAGAAAUUGGAGUGGGCCUUCAAGAUCUACGAUGUGGAUGGUGAUGGGUACGUAACAAAGCGCGAAAUGGAAGACAUCAUCAGAUCCGUGUAUAAAAUGUACGCAGACAGUCGACUGGGAAGAAAGGAAACGCCAGAACAACGUACGGCGAGGAUCUUUGAAAAGUUUGACUUGAACAAGGAUGGAAAGCUUACCAUAGAAGAGUUCAAGACCGGAGCGAGAAGCGAUCCUUUUCUAGUUUUGAUGAUGCAGUACAAAUCAUUACACGGUCGGAAGGAGUCAGAUCCGUCUAUGUCUCUGGAACAAACGUAUUCGUGAUGAUCGGCCGACGA